CUCUCUCUCUCUCUCUCUCUCUCCUCUUAUUUCAUUGGUAACAGCACACCACCCUAGUCCAGUUGCAGGCGCCGUUCCUCUCUCUCUCUCUCUCUCUCUCUCCCCCUGUGUGCAAUAAUGUUUAGUUUUGGUCCACCACAACCCUCAUAAACCCUGACCAAUCUCUCUCUCUCUCAACCAAAAAAUCAAACGACAGAAGGAAAAAAGAAAAAAUCAUGUUGCUUUCUUCUCAUCUACCUCCCUGGCUUCAUGCUCUCCUCACCGAGAAGUUCUUCAACGCUUGCAUCAUUCAUGAAGAGGCAAAGAAGAACGAGAAGAACAUAUUUUGCUUGGAUUGUUGUAUCAGUAUAUGUCCUCACUGCUUGUCCCCUCACAGCUCUCACCGACUUUUACAGAUAAGAAGAUACGUUUACCACGAUGUUAUAAGGUUGGAUGAUGCUGCAAGGUUAAUGGACUGUGGGUUUGUCCAAUCAUAUACAACAAACAGUGCCAAAGUGGUAUUCAUAAACCAAAGGCCACAGACGAGGCAGUUUAGAGGCUCCGGCAACAUCUGCAGCACCUGCGACCGAAGCUUGCAGGAUCCUUACCUCUUCUGCUCUCUCUCCUGCAAGAUUAAUUAUCUGGUAAGAACACAAGGUGGGGUCUCAAAGUUUCUGUUUGACUGUAAGUUCUUGCCUUUACCAGAACAAGGACUGGACGAUGGUCUGAUGACUCCUGAGUCGGUGCUGGAGCCAGCUGGUUCCGCCCAUACGUCGUCCGGGUCUGGUGGGUACGGAGAGGUCUGCAGCAGGACACUCGGCUGCACUGCAACCACAGAGAUCGUGAGGAAGAAGAGGAGUAGCUUAUCAGCAGCAUGUCGGCCAAUGUGUUCUCCUGUUUCAGAAAUUUCUGCCAGCUUGAUGAAUAGAAGGAAGAAAACUCCACAUCGAGCUCCCCUAUAUUGAAAUUAUGUACGGAAGGUAAGCGAUAUUUAUAUAGUCGGUAAUUGGUAUAUAUAUAUAUAUAUAUAUGGAGGCGAAAUUGAAUGGUGAAAAAUAGUACAACUCUCCCGAUUUUGUGUUCACUCUUGUGUAAUGGGUGGGUUUUGUCUAAUUUAUCAAAUUCUUCAGUCUCCGUUUUUUCUUUACCCUCCACACAAGCAUA